AUGCCACUGCAAGCUUGGCAGAAACCAAACUAUUGGGUGUUCACCAGCUUUGUUGACAAGACCAACCCCAACAAAGGCGCAAUUGUGGGGGCACAGCUAUCUUACUUGGAGUCCCUGGGGCACUUAAACAUGGACCCUGGACAUGCAUUGCACAGUCCUGUCCAGCGAGGUCUCAGCGGACAUCAUCAGCUUCAAUACAGCUGCAGCCUGAAACACAUGCAUGAAUGUAACGAGAUGAUGUGGGCAUUGGUCAGUUCUGGGUUGCGAGUGUGUGGGGGGGAGGCACUCUAUCGAAGAACACAACUGGUAGUUGCAUAUAUCAAUACAUGA